AUAUUUUUUGACAAAAGAUGAAAGUGUAACUAUAGUACAAGUGUUGGUAAAAAUAUAUUAUGCAGCCACAUACAUAAUAAUGAUUUAAUAUAUUAUGCACAAUAGUCAAUAGAUGUAUAAUAAAAAAUAAGUAUUAAGUAAAUACUCUAGUUAAAGUUGUUAAAAAAGAUUCGAUCCUUAUGUUGGCAAUUCGUACCUACCAUCUUAACAAGGAACCAUUGACUCUGGACUCAUAAUAUAGUUAGUGGGACUCGUAGGGCAUGACUCUUAGGAUAAUAAAAUUAGAAUCGACAACGGAUUGAACGGAUAUAAGAGAUGUAAGACACUCUGCUGCGUAAUGCGUAGCUAUUGGAUCAACCAUCGAGUAUCGACUUCAAGAAAGUUGGCAUUGGAAUCAUUGGAUUGAUGCCAUGCGAAGUCAUCAUCGUUUAUCUAAUACGAUUGUCUGUUAAUCGUGGUAAAACGUGUCACUGGCCACUCUGCUUUAAACAAUGAUUUGCCGCUCUAAAAUUAAAUGUUUUAUCGUUCUACGUGUAAAAGCCGUUAGCGGAACCAUAUACAUUUAAUACAGAAAUUAUAUUAUUUUUCAACUUUGCAUAUAUACAUAUACCUACGGUAUACUCAUUAAAACCAAAGAAGUGGGUGGAGGAACAGCAGGUAUUGCCGUAGCUUCGCGUUUAGCUGAAAAUGAAGCACAUACUGUUUUACUAAUAGAAGCUGGUCCUAAGGUAUCAUUAUUACAUGAUAUACCUCUUGCCACACCGAUGUUCCAAAAGUCACCAAUUGAUUGGCAGCACCAAACAGUGUCACAAUUGAAUGCAUGCCUUGCAAUGAAAAAUAAUUCUAGUCAAUGGCCCGCAGGAAAAGUCUUAGGGGGCAGCAGUCGCAUCAAUUUCAAUAUUCAUUUAAGAGGGCAUAUUUCUACUGAUUAUUUAUUGUGGCAAUCUGAACAAGAUUGGACCAAAGAGGAUGUUCUUUACUAUUUUAACAAAUAUGAAAAAGCUGAUAAAUAUAAUAGAUCACCCAAUAAAAAACAAUUCUUCAGUCAUCAACCAACACAUGUGACACCAAUUGCAACAGCUGUACUUGAGGCGGCCAAUGAGUUGGACUUUAAUACUUCAUUAGAUAUGAACAACGACGGUUUCCAUAUUUCUAGACAAAAUGGUGGUAGUUUUUCCUUGACACCAGUGUCAAUAAGAACAGGGGCUAGAUUAAGUGCAGAACACCUAUAUUUAAAAUCAAGAAAAAAAAAAAAUUUAGUAGUGCUCACAAAUGCUAUGGUUACAAAGGUGCUGUUUAAAAACAAUUACGAAGCAAAUGGAGUUAUGUACAAGAAGUUUAACCAAGUUUUUAAAGUACAUGCACUUAAGUCUGUUGUCAUGUCUGCAGGAACAUUGAAUACCGCAAAAAUACUUCUACUGAGUGGUAUUGGACCAGCACAACAACUUAAACUAUUAAAAAUCCCUGUGAUUGCGGAAUUGGCGGUAGGAGAAAAUUUACAAGACCACAUUAUUACUGGAUUGGACAUGAUAACUUUAGAGAAAUCAUUGGAUUUAACUUUUAAAGAUUUUAUAUCACCAAUUAACAUUUAUAAAUACUUUUUCAAAGGAACUGGCUCAUGGACACAUCCAGGAUGUGAAGCAAUUGGUUUAUUACAAUUACAAUCGGAUAAAAAAAACUAUUCUAUAUCAUCCCCAGAUUUGCAAUUUAUGCUUUUACCUUAUGGAAUAUCAUCAGAUGCAGGAGCAGCAUACUUCAAUCACUUGAAUUUAAAAAAUGAGAUUUGGAAUGAAUAUUUCCAACCUCUAGUGGGAAGACAGGUCAUUUCAUUAGCACCAGUGCUAUUGCAUCCUCAAAGCAGAGGAUAUGUGAAGUUAGACAUUAAUCGUGAAAUUUUUAUUCAACCAAAUUAUUUACAAAAUCCACAUGACGUUAAUGUUUUGGUUCAAGGAAUGAAAUUGGUGAACAAAUUUGUAAAAACCAAAUCAUUAUCAAAACUUGGCGCUAUGUUUAACACUAAAAACUUUCCUGGUUGUGAAAAAUAUAAUUUUGGAUCAGACCAUUAUUGGGAAUGUUACAUUAGGCAUAUGACAUUAACAUCUUAUCAUCCUGUUGGAACAUGUAAAAUGGGAAGUAUUCAUAGUAAAAGUGUAGUGGAUCAUUCAUUGAGAGUGCAUAAAUUAAAUAAAUUAUAUGUGAUUGAUGCAUCAAUAAUGCCUUCUAUGCCAAGUGGGAAUAUAAACGCUGUUGUAGCAAUGAUAGCUGAGAAAGGAGCUGAUCUCAUAAAAAAACAUUGUUUUCAAAGAACCCAAAAAUGUCAAAUCACAGAUUUCUUAUAUAAAGGUUAUAAUUAUUAAAAUAUUAUUUUGAUUUAAUUGUUAGUGUUGUAAUUGUUCAUAAUUUUAUAUGUACUCGUAA